AUGCCGCAGACAGCUCGGUGGGCCGGAACCCCCUCGAUCAAGGGACGAUCCGAGUCCACACGGAUGGCGCUGUUGACGUUUAGUCUAGUGGGACUACAAUUCACCUGGGGCACGGAGAUGACCUACUGCACGCCUUAUCUCCUCCAGCUGGGGCUGACGAAAUCCAAAACCUCCCUGGUCUGGAUUGCGGGACCGCUGUCGGGAUUGAUUAUCCAGCCUCUUAUUGGCGUCAUUGCUGAUCGGUCACGAUCGAAAUGGGGCCGGAGAAGGCCGUUUAUGGUCUUUGGGUCUUUUGUUGUGGCGCUGUGUUUGGUUGUUUUGGGGUGGACGGCUGAGAUUGUUGCGCUGUUUGUCGCGGAUGCCGAGAAGGCGAGGAAUUACACGAUUGCAUUGGCUGUUUUGAGUAUUUAUGCUGUUGAUUUCUCGAUCAAUGUUGUUCAAGCAUGCUGCCGCAGUUUGAUUGUGGAUACGUUGCCGAUUCCGCAACAACAAGCUGGGUCUGCAUGGGCUGGGAGAAUGUGUGCCAUUGGCCAGCUCAUCGGCUACGUUAUUGGCUCAAUUGAUACAGUGAGCAUCUUCGGGAGUAUCAUUGGCGACACCCAGUUCAAGCAGAUGACAGUGAUUGCUGCAUUGUCAUUGAUCGGGGCCGUAUCGGUCACAUCCUAUGCAGUGAAGGAGCGAGUGUUACUUUCGGCAAGAGACUCUGAUGGCAAAGCUGGAGCAAUUCAAGUUGUCGUUCAGCUGUUCAGAACUACAAUGGAGCUCCCGCCUCGCAUCCAGGCUAUUUGCUGGGCUCAAUUCUGGGCUUGGAUUGGCUGGUUUCCGUUUCUUUUCUAUAGCACCACGUGGGUGGGGGAGACCUAUUUCCGCUAUGAAGUGCCGCCGGAGCAAGUGACGAAAACGACGGAUAUGCUGGGCGAGGUGGGUCGGGUGGGCAGUCUGUCCCUGGUCGUGUUUUCAUCCAUUACCUUCCUCAGCUCGGUGCUUCUUCCGUUCUGCGUGCAGCCGCCAGACACGAAGCGGGAGCGAUUCACACCUCGGCCGCCGCCGGGGAUCGCCAGACUCCUCAAGUCAAUCACCACCGUGCGGCCAGAUCUCCAGACAGCCUGGCUAAUCUCGCAAGUGAUGUUCGCAGCGACCAUGAUCUUCGCGCCUCUAGCCCACUCGCGCGCCUUCGCAACCUUCCUAGUGGCCGUAUGCGGCAUCCCCUGGGCAAUCAGCGGCUGGGCGCCGUUCGCCUUCAUGGGCGUGGAGAUCAACAAGCUGACAAUGAGCGGCGGUAUCGCGGCAACAAUGCCGACCUCACGCUCAGGCGCAGUGACCAUGAUUACAUCGGCCAGCUUGCGGGCCAGCUCAGCCGCCGAGUCGGAGCUGGAUGUACUCCGGCUCAACCACCGCGACGCGGAUAGUGACACAGACGAGGAGGAUCCGACAUCCUUGUCCUCUAACAUCCCCUCGACCGGCGAGCUGGCCGGUAUCUACCUCGGUGUCCUGAAUGUGUACACCACCCUGCCCCAGUUUGUCGGCACGUUUAUCAGCUGGAUCGUUUUCAGCAUCCUCGAGCCCGGCGCAGAGCCCGGCGCUGACGAGUCAGAUACGGGGUGGAUGAACUUGGACAAGGACAAGCCUAAUGCUAUCGCCGUGUGUCUUUUUAUCGGCGCAUUGAGCGCCCUGAUAGCUGCUGAGGCGACUCGCCGGCUACGGUACGUUCUGUGA